UAGCAAGCUAGCUCGUUCGCUGAUUGUUUUGUAUUUACUUCAUUUUCAGCAGUUAGCUUGUUGGUUAACUAACUGUUUAAUGAAAAUCCGUGUGGAACAAAGUAAGGAUUGAGUUAAUUUAUCUCGAGAGCUGACGUAGCUAUAUGGAAAAAACUAAGUGGCUAGCGCGCUAGCAAGCUGAAAAGCAAAGAUUUUGGCACUGACAGUUUGCAGGAACCAGCAGCGUUGUCUUGGAAACCGCUGCCACCAUGCCAGACCACAAUGACGUGAGCUUGUUGCCAGAGGAGCGAGUGCGCGCGCUCACCAAGAAGGGUAGCUCUGUGGACGUCAAUGAGGAUGUGCCUCCUCGUCGCUACUUCCGUUCCGGCAUGGAGAUGAUCCGCAUGGCCAGCAUCUACACAGAGGAGGGAAAUGCGGAGCAUGCCUUUGUCCUCUACAACAAGUAUAUCACGCUUUUCAUUGAGAAGCUUCCCAAACAUCGGGAUUACAAAACGGCCAACAUUCCGGAAAAAAAGGACACAAUGAGGAAACUGAAGGAGGUAGCCUUUCCACAGGCUGAGGAACUGAAGAAAGGCCUUCUGAAGCAAUAUGAGAAGGAAUAUGCUGAAUAUCUUCUUAAAAGGAAAGCGGAGGAGGAGACCCUGGCACGGGAACUGGCCCGGCAGAGGGAGCUGGAGGCUGAGAGGCAGCGCGUGGCAGACAUACAGAAGCGGCAGCAAGAGCAGGAGCAGUUCAACGCCUUCGAGGAGAUGAUCCGCCGGCAGGAGCUGGAGAAGGAACGUCAGCGCAUCCUCCAGGAGUUCCGGGUCCCCAGUGCACCCCCGCCUGACAGUCCUCUUGUGCCGGGUGUCCAGGGACCCCCGCAGCCCCAUGUUGGCACCACCACUCCCCCGCAGAGCCCCGGAAGCACCCCCACCCACACAAGUCCCUCUGUUCGCCCUACAGCGCCCCCUACCUUCGACCGCUCUCUCAAGCCAGGGGCUUUGAUUAGUCCAGGGAACAGCUUCAUGGUGGAUGGGCUGCGGCAGUUGGCAGUGCCUUCUGAGCUCUGCCACAAGUUCCUAAAGCUGGCGGAUGCCAAUACAGCACGGGCAGUGGAGACGUGUGGCAUCCUCUGUGGCAAAUUGACCCAGAAUGCCUUCACUAUAACCCAUGUGAUCGUGCCAAAACAGUGUGGAGGGCCUGACUACUGUGACACAGAAAAUGAAGAGGAACUCUUCCUGAUCCAGGAUCAGUACAAUCUUAUCACCCUAGGCUGGAUCCACACACACCCCACACAGACCGCGUUCCUAUCCAGUGUGGACCUGCACACCCACUGUUCCUACCAGAUCAUGCUGCCAGAAUCCAUCGCCAUUGUCUGUUCCCCCAAGUUCAAUGAAACUGGAUACUUCAGGCUGACUGACUAUGGAAUGGAGGAGAUCUCAUCCUGCAAGCAGAAAGGCUUCCACCCACACCCCAAAGAGCCUCCGCUCUUCACUGCUGGUGGACACAUCACCAUCACGGACAGCAACGUGACAGUACUGGACCUGCGGUGAUCCCUCACCAUGCGUGUGCCUUUUCAGACCAGCCCACAGCGACAUGGAGACUGGCCCUACUGCAAACUGAAGUGAAUUUAUUUACUGUCUAAUUACAGCGUCUUCUUUUCCAAACAAGCACGGCAGCUUGUCUGACUGAGGAGUAGUUUUGGCCAGGCAUUAACGAAAUCACGCCCUGGCCGCUUGUGAAGCAGGAGCAGACUCUGAGAUGUGGACUGCCUGAGUAGAUUCCAGGGACUGUCUUCAAUCACUCAUGCCUUCUCCGUUUGUCUUAAUGCACUCCGAGAACACACCCCCACCUUAUGGGCAGAAUGUUAGCAGAAAAGUCACUUGGUACCUAACAACACCAGGACCCACACUUAACCUUUACACAGUAGGGGCUUUUAUGUGUCAUGAUCUAUCCUGAUCUGCAUGUACUCAUUUCCUUAUGUCUUUAUGUUUUUAUUUAUGUCACGUAUGGUUUCUCUUAACACACAUAUUGUCAA